GUAAUGCUAGUGUGCUAUGGCGACAACCUCUCUGUGCGUAGAGGCCGCUCGCUCUCCGCACGCCACGGCCGCGCCACACGCUUCCUCGCGUGUCUCUCCGUCCAUCUCCGCCGCUACUUCCUGCGCUUCCUGCAUGCGACGAUCAAGCGCAGCGCCCAAGGACCGCACAAGGACCAUGAUGCGACUGCCGCCAAGCUCGUCAUCCUGCAUUGCGCCUUGUGAUUGGCUAGAACGUACCGGCCGGUGAUUGGCCAGACCUGGAAUAGGUCAUUCGACGACUCGACCGCAGACUGCCUUCGACAUGAGCACCAUCCGCAACCGGUUCAACCAGGAGCAGACGCCGACGACCGAGGUCUCGCUCGGGCCCGCGGUCUACGACGGCGAGCGCUACGGCAAGAUGUCGGAGCGCCUCAAGCGCCGCAAGGUGCUCCUGCAGACCAACGACCGCAACCCGCGCCUCUUGGGCUUUGCCAUUGGCUUCCUCAUCAUCUGCGCGACCAUGUUCUACAUCCAGUACUCGAUCGCGUCGCGGAAGAGCGGCAAGCCGGCGCCGACCUCGUAGUUGACGCCAUUGGCAUAGAUAAUUGUGGUUCAUCCACGCAAGAUUGCAUUGCGUGAAGCUUGUUGAUAGGGUUAAACGUCACUUUAGUACGACGAGGACAUGCAGCUUCUAGGACGAACGCGCUCGACCGUCGUGUUCGUGAAUACAGCUAUGGUACAAGGGCAAGCGAGAACGCGCUAACUUAGUCGAUUGGCAAC